CGUGAUGAGGUUCUGUGAGUAGAUGACUAGGUGAGCCCUUGCUUUCGCCCAACUGUCUCAGUCACCGCCGGCUGGACAGCGAGGCCCAAGAGCCUGCCUGAGCGAUUGCACGAGCCAUUUCCCGACUCAUCAGUGGGCCCCGUGCCCCGCUGUGUCACUUGCAUUCAUAUUCCUCCCUCUCCCCAGAACACACUAUUAUGAGGACCACAGGUGAUAUGGAUAGAGCAGGACACCGUGCCGGAGAUGAGCGACAUGGCCCUCGUGUACGCACUUGACGUCAUGUGAGCGCAGCGCCAUUCAUGCGACCCCGACACCAUACACCCGUCACCAACACUGCGACCCGAUGCACAUACUACGACGACCACCAUGAUGCGCCUACCUUCGGUCGAGUCCCAGCGGUCGGUCCUCGAGGACCUCCGCGCCGCGACGGAGGCCGCAACGGCGCUACUGACCCGCUCGAUGGAGGCAACGAGCCUGGAGGACAGCGACAAGGCCCCCAUCCCGCGCCGCGGCAAGCUUGGGAAUGACAUUCUCGGGCCCCAGAACCCCGAGCGCGCCAAGCAGGCACGCGAUACCGUGCGCCCCCCGCUCACGGAUCACGGCAAGAUGCCCAACAUGAAGUGGUCGUUCACGGACUCACACGUUCGCCUCGAGGAGGGCGGGUGGACGCGUGAGACGACCGUGCGCGAGCUCCCGACGUCCAAGGAGCUUGCGGGGGUCAACAUGCGACUCGGCAAGGGCGUGUACCGUGAGCUGCAUUGGCACAAUGAGAGCGAGUGGGCGUACAUCAUUGCUGGGGAGUGCCGCAUCACCGUGCUCGACACAGAGGGCGGGAGCUUCAUCGACGACGUCGGCGAAGGUGACCUUUGGUAUUUCCCGCCGGGCUUCCCGCACGGCAUUCAAGGCCUGGGCGAGCAGGGUGUCGAGUUCCUGCUCAUCUUCGACAGCGGCAACUUCUCCGAGGACGACACGUUCCUCUUGACCGACUAUCUGGUCAAGACAUCUAAGCAUAUUCUGGCGCACAACUUCCGCGUAUCUGAGGACGUGUUCGCCACGCUCUCCCCUCGCGAGAAGUACAUCUUCCAGGGCUCAGACCCGGGUAGUCUCUCGGACGCGCGCAAGGCCGUCGUGCCCAGCAAGCACAUGUUCACGCACCGCAUGCUCAAACAGAAGCCGCUCAAGUUCCCGGGCGGCGAGGUGCGCAUCACCGACUCGCGUAACUUUCCCAUCUCCAAGACGACGGCUGCCGCACACGUGCUCAUCCACGAGGGCGGGCUGCGCGAGAUGCACUGGCACCCGAACGCUGACGAGUGGUUCUUCGUGCUGCGCGGCCAGUGCCGCGUCACGAUCUUCGCCGGCGCUGGUAACGCGCGCACGUUCAACUACCAGGCCGGCGACGUCGGUAUAUUCCCGCGCAACAAUGCGCACUACGUCGAGAACAUCGGUAAGGGGGACCUCAAAUUCCUCGAGAUGUUCCGUGCAGCCACGUUUGAGGAUUUCUCGCUUGAGCAGUGGCUCGCUCAGACGCCGGCCCCGGAGGUCGCUGAGCAUCUCAAUCUCAAGGGCGACGCAAAGAAGGCCUUCUUCCAGCAGCUCAGCAGGGAUAAGACGCCAGUGAAGGCGCCGGAGCGGCCCAAGUCGGCCUAAGUUUCGAUGGCACAUGUGGUGGCAAUUGCGCGCCAGUCCAGCUGCCCAGCGAAUCCCGAACGCGCCGUCCUGCUGGUUUGUACCUAAGCAUGUAAAUAUCGCGGUGUUCAGGCAUCUAUCAACAGUAAUAUACCAGAAGCGAC